AUGCAGGUCAGUACGCCUAUAUCAACAACGGGGUUCAAGAACCUCCAUUCACCUCCAAGUGUUGGAAGCAGCUCUCCGUCGUCUGCUAGAACAUUCAAGAAAUUCUCGGGGCAAGUCAUGACUCGAGUCAACACGACCUUCAGAAACCUUAGCGCGUCGAGUGUCCCAUCACCAAAUAGACUCCAGGUCGAGGAAAGGCCUUGCCUAAUACAAACAAGCUCGUCCAGGUUUGCUGCGAGCGAGAACAUCGAUUUUGGCCCAACUUCACUGCCUGUAACGAAACCCGUCAUGAAUAUUGGCAAGAGGCGAAGUAAGCCCCCUGCACCUCUGUGUCUUAAUCCGAUCACACCUCGUCCGACGCCUCGCAAAUCUCACAGCAGCAGCAAAGCAACGCCGCGUUUGGAAUCCCCCAUGGAUUUAGGACGCUCUAACUAUUCUUCCUCUGAUUGUGCGAGCUGGGUUACCGCCAGCUCAGCAGAGCCUCGUCGAAGGCUCGAUUCGGCGUUCAAAGGAGAUUUUUCAUCACCUAUGAGCCAUUUUACUAUCAAUCAACCAUUCAGGGAUCCGUGGGCAGACCUGUAUCCCGAAAGUGAAUCUCCAACCUAUGCAGCGGAGCUGCGAAAAAAUGUGUCUAAAGUUUCUGGCCCCAAGAACUUUGCCUCGAAUAAUUGCAGUAUUUGUAAUGAAAGCUUGACUUGUGCUCUGGCAGGUGAAAAGCCAAUUGAGCUAUCUUGCGAUCAUCAGUGCCAUUACAACUGUUUCUUGGUUUCUUUCGAAGCAUUUCUUCCAAGGAAUAGCUUCCCUAAAUGCUCAAUUUGCAAGAGUAUAUCCAAACCUAAAAGCGAUGAUGUUUUGAGCGAACUAACAGCCAAGGUCUUGUGUAAGAGCCCUGAAAGCCGCAUGAUCAGAGACACUGCUGAUCUCUCCUAUAGUGAUCAGAUUAGACCUCAAACUAUAGGUCGUCCAUCCGAAUAUAUAUCUGGUCAUGCUGGUAGAGUUCAAGAUCUUCAAACUCCGUGCGAUCAGGUAAUUAGAAGCGCCCAAAUUAUGAGCGGUGGGUUUAGACAUUCUUAUUCUUCCGAAAGCACUCCCAACAGAAAACCAUCAAUAUCUAGUCGGGGAAGCUCUUUUCGCACCAGAAGCUUCAUGUCUAGGUCCGAUGGCCAAGACGAUGAAUUUGAUUUCAGCAAGCCUCGGAUUCAUUUGAUACCCCAGCUAUCAAAAUUUAACAUCAAAACCGAUGCACAGGUGGCUACUGCUCAAUAUGUAAUGAGUGCCCACCUUCCAAAAAAUGCUUUGGUUGCUGAGACUGUUAAAAAGCAGAAGAAUGAAGAAAAUCGCAUUAGAAAUGACAUUCAAGGCUUUGUGGAGUCAACACUUAAGUGUACCACAAGCACAGGACCCUUAGAAACUUUGGAUAUGUUAAGCUACUCAGAAGAUGAAGACAUUUGGACUAGUGUUACAGCCUUCUUAUUUCGGGAGUGCCUUAUUAUGACGGUGGACGGACUUAUAGUUGAAAAUAUUGCAAAGCAUCAAAUAUCAGAACUACAUCAAUUGGACCCAUACACUAUUAUUAUCAAUUUGAAAUCGAAGUCUCUUCCCGAAAUAUUCCUGUGUUGCGAAAAUGAUCCUGCCAUCAUUCGUAAAUGGUUUUACUAUUUGAAGCAGGUGUAUCUGUCUGCUGAAGGCCAAUCUGUUCCAAUCGAGCAGCUUACGUCGAACAGCUGGGAAAUCCUCCCAAAGAACAUUACACAAAAAAUCCGUCCAAAAGAUGAAAACUCCGACAAUCUUGACGAGUUCGAACCGCGUUUGAGCGUUUUUGCUCCACAUGGCAGAUCACCUCUAAAGAUUGUUCUAUGCUUGAGUAUCAUAAACUGUCACCCCCGCUUGCACUCUAAUAGCGACUACCUCGACAUAAUAAAAUCUAAGUUACGACAAUUUUUGAGUUCUCUGUCAACUCAGGACUUUAUUGGACUUGCAAUAGUGGGCAAAGAUGGGAGUGGUAAAGUGGGACCUUUUGGAACGUUUAUAGGAAUGGUGAACAAAAGUUGGGACGGGUUUGAAGAUUUAGUGGACGGUCUUCAAGUUUAUGACAAUGAUGAAAUCUUUAUGAAUGACUUUUGGGAAAUGAAUAUCAUGCUCGAGACAUGUCGCAAGCUAAUCUGCACUGUGGAGCAAGAAGAGUCAUAUCUCCAACAGUUGGUGCUAUUGGGGAACGAUUAUCCAGUAAACAUGCCAGCUUCGAUCGAAGACGAUUUUCAAGUGCAACGCGUCAAACGUAACAUCAACGCGAUUGCAAACGUCUUCAAUUUCUCCAUUUGUCAGUAUUUUACUUGCAACAGUAAACUAUGGUUGAGCGAUCUGAUUGACGGCUUAUGUUACAGUAUCAAAUGUAAGGGUAAGAGGUCAAUAAGCGAUGCGUGCCUCGGGGAAUUAGUGCAUGACCUUCAGCAAAGUUCAGUCAAAUCAUUUGCAUUGAGUAUAUGCAGCGUGGAUAGCUCAGUUGUUCAGUUUAGCGCUAUUGAAAGUAAUGGCCAAUUGUUCAAAUUACCCCAUCCUGAAAGCGAGUUGAAUCUUGAAAUUGGCGCCUUGAGGCCAGGAGAGGUAAAGAAUGUGGUUUUUGAAGUUAACAUAAACGUCGCGAACCUCCGUCACAUGCUAGGCAACAACUUCCUGGCGCAAGACUCGUCCUCAUCGCUACUGCACUACAGUGCACAAUGGCAUGACGGCUCCGGUUACUUGGUUUCGCAGGGUUAUUCUUUCGGGUGUGAAUUUAGAUUUACCUCAUCUGGAACAACGGUAUCUCCAAUGUAUUCUCUUAGAACGCCGAUUCAAACUAAUUCGCAAGAAUCUCAGGAUAGCGAUCAUGAGUGUCUAAACAUUUCGCUGGCACCUCCUAUGUCUGCCUCUCGUGAUAUGUUUUUUGCCACGCGCCAAAUGGAAUUGAUAGCAGUUGACACCUUGAUCGGCGCAUUGUGUGGAUUUCCAAGAGAUACAAGCACGACACUUAACCAUUUGGUAUCAAUGAUCUUUUGCAUUAGCAGAAACUGUGUGUGCAACGAUCCUGGGUUUUAUCGGCACGUGUUCGUGGAGCCUAUAGGACGAUACGCUGAGAAGCUGUGUUUCAAACUACAACACAUUGCGGAGCUGUCUUCCAGUGAAGAUCGCGGAAUUCAAGCAUUAUCAAGGUGGAUGAUGCGCGAGUUGAAAUCAGGUCUUAUCAGCCAGGGAUGGAGCGGUGCCGACUCAUCUGUUUAA